AUGACUACGACUCGUGUGUGUAUCGACUCUUCGGUUGCUCUCAAAAUCGUGCGGCACUGCCAGGAAAGCGCGCCUUCCAUUGUCGCCGGUCAGCUGCUCGGUUUGGAUGUGGAUGGCGAGCUUCGAAUCUCCCAUGCCUUUGCCUUCCCCCAGAAUGCCGCUGGAGGCAACCCCAACUCCGACGACGGCCUCAGCUUGCGUCUUAAGGCCGUGGCCAAGUACCAGCCCGAGAUGAUCGACCAUCUGAAGGAGGUCAACGUCGAUUCCAACAGCGUCGGCUGGUACCAGAGCACUGUUCUGGGCCGAAUCUACAACGCUUCGGUUAUUGAGAACCUCGCCGUGUUCCAGGAGAAGAACCCCGACUCUGUCGUUCUUGUGUACGAUGUAGCCGGUUCCGAGGUUGUUUCCGACACCGAUCCAUCUUCCACCGGCCCCCAGGGACAUACCACCACCACCCCCUCCGGCUUCAACCUGCGAGCCUUCCGACUGUCUGAGGAGUACCUCAACGUGCGAAAAUCCGGCAAGUUCGACACCGCCACCCUCACAGAGAACAAUCUAACCUACCACGAUGUGCUGGUCGAGCUGCCUGUGGAGAUCAAGAACUCCAAUCUGGCCACUCUGCUGCUGUACCAGCUGGGCCAGCAGUACCCCAACUCGCCCUUUGCCGAGUCCUCCUUCUCCAACCUCAACGUCUCAGUUGACCCCUUCCUUGAGAAGAACAUCGAGGCCAUCUUCGACUCAGUCGACGACUUCCACUACGACCAGGGUAACUACAAUUACUACCAGCGACAAAUGACCCGAGAACAGGCCAAGAUCACCCAGUGGCAGCAGAAGAGAAAGGCCGAGAACGCGGCACGAGAAAAGGACGGCCGACCGGCUCUCCCCACAGACGAGUGGAAGCGGCUCUUCAAGCUUCCCACCGAGCCCUCGCGACAGGACAACCUGCUGAUUUCCGCGCAGCUCAACGAGCACUGCUCCGUCAUCGAGGAGUUCGGUGCUGCCGUCAACAGCAAGCUGUUUGCUACCCAGGGAGGACUGCUUUAG